AUGGUGGGCUCGCACGAGGUUGCUGCCUCAUUCCUUUCGCUCACUCGUCAUCGUCAGUCACCCUUUGCCUUCGGCUUUGGUGCUGGCGCUGAGCCCAACUCCCCAACGGCCCAGGACAACGGAACGGCGGAGGGCAUCUCUGCCUUUGCAUCGUUCCAAAGUCCCGGGGAACGUCCCAUCUCGGCCAUGGGCCAUGGGCACGGACCUGAAGGAACCGGUGCACUGAUUCGGAGUAUUGUUCCUGUCCGUUGCACGGGAGAGGGACCUUCUGCACAUGGAGACUGGCGCUCGAAACACGGCUACCAGCUUCGCACACUUUUCCGUCGUCAGCAUGGCGUAUGCCUCCGGCCGUCAUGGGUUGAUAUGCGUGACAAGUUUGUCAUUAUUUUUAUCAUUCAGCGCACAUUUGAAGUGGGCCUCUACGUAUUACUUGCGCUCCGGGGACAGGCGGAUAAUGGUGUAAAAAUAUCAACGGGUACCGAUAAGAGCGGGUUCGAAUCUCGUCCCGUGACGCCCCUCGUCAUCAUCCAAGCUCCACCGACUCCUCGCUCCGCCGUUUCGCUGCUCCGCCGUGUCGGUGCUUAG